GUCGUUUACACGAAUGAAAGCUAGACAGGUGCAUCACAUCAAAGGGAAAACCCCAAUUACAAUUGAAAUUGAAAGUGAAAUUGGGUCUCUCGACGAAAUCGAAGGAUUUACAACCGAAUGGAAAAUCUUAGCAGAAUUAAGAACUCAGGUAAUCCUCAAACUCACUAUUCAAGACAACUAAAGCUGUCUCUAUACGAGAAGACGCUGAGACGGCCGUACGUCAUUAGUUAGGGCAAACUAAUCGUGGGGGAAAGGGAAAAGGGAAUCGUUCCUGAUUCCUGACCGAAGAACCGAAGAAACGAGAAGAAUACGACUUACUUAAAGGAGGGACAGAGUAGCUAUAUACAACGAGGAGUGAGAGAAACUGAGGAGGAGGAGAGAAAACGAGAUGGGGCGAAGGAAGUUGGAGAUGAAGCGGAUCGAAGAUAAGAGUAGUAGACAGGUGACCUUUUCCAAGAGGAGAAAUGGAUUGAUGAAGAAGGCUCGUGAACUUUCAGUACUCUGCGAUGUUGAUGUUACUGUCAUCGUCUUCUCUAAUCGCGGCCGAUUAUACGAUUUCUGCAGCGGAGAGAGCUUACCAAAGUCCCUCCAGCGGUACCAGAACCACUUUGAAGCAGAAGGAAGCAUCGCCAAUGAUGAUAAUGGCAAGGAGGAUCUUUCCUCUAUGUAUUCUAACGUCCAGUCAUGUUCUGAGCUCCUAGAUACAGUUGCAACGCAUAUCAAUGAGCCUGAUAUUGAUCAGCUUAAUGUGACAGACCUGGUUCAACUAGAAAGGCAACUUGAUGCAGCUCUAAUUCAGACGAGGUCUCAGAAGAAUAAGUUAGUGGCAGAAUCCAUGAAUGCUCUUCAUGAAAGGGAGAGAUUGUUGAGGGAAGAGAACGAGAUGCUGAUGAAACAAAUAGCUGAAUUGGAAAAUAGUGGUAAUGCUGGAAGAGGUAUGGUGGAGCUUGGAACUCUUGAUAACAGCUAUUUGACAACUCCACAGUGGGGAACUCUGCGUUUUCUUUGAAAAAACAAUGCCAAUAAAACGUUUGUCAAACGAAUAUGGUAGCAGUCAGAAUGGAUGAAAUGAUCGUCUGAUUUAGUUUGUUUAGUCCAGAAGUCGAAAAUGGGUUGUAAUAAACAAAACCUGUUUCUAUGUUAUCUUAUGUUGUUUGGGUUUCUAACCUCUAUUUUCGGGUGUAAGACUUGAAUAUAUCGACCAUGUCUGGUCUGUGUUACUCAAUGAGUUGCAUAUAUGGUUUAAAAAGUGGACAAAACAUUUUGAAGUCCAUUAAUUAUUAGAGAAGAAGCUUUUGCCCCUUUUUCUU